AUGGCGUCGUCAAAAAAGAACCUCAAGGCCACCAAGAAGUUCGAGAAGAAGCACCUGAAGGGCGUCCUCGAAAAGCGCAAGGCCGCUGCCAAGGUCAAGCAACGCACCCAGCUCCAGGCCAAAAAGCAGUUGAAGAAGAAGGCCGACGAUGCCUUCUACAAGGGAGACAAUGAGAGCGGUGACGGUGCAGCUGCACCCAAGGCCAAGGCUAAGCCCGGUGCCAAGGUCAGCGAGAUGAGCGUCGACGACUUCUUCAAGGGCGGCUUUGAGAUCCUGGACGGCAAGCAGGGCAAGGGCAAGAAGGGAAAGCUCGGCAAGAGAAAACGGGAUGAAUCAUCUGCGGCGCAGGAAAACGGCGAGCAAGACAGCGACUCGGAAGACUCGGUCCCAGAUGCACCGGUCGAGAGCGACAGCAGCGACGACGAUAACGACGACCUCGAGGAAGAUGUCGGCAUGACCAAGGAGGCCAUGGACGCACUGGCUGAGAAGGAUCCUGAAUUCUACCAAUUUCUCAAGGAGAACGAUCCGGAAGCACUUGACUUUGACGAGAAUGCGGAUAUGGCUGAGAUUGAUGCUCUGAGCAGCGGAGACGAGGAGGUACAGGAGAAGGAGGAUGGCGAACAGCCAAAGAAGAAGAGGAAGACGAAGAAGCAGGACGAUGAUGACGAGUCUGGAGACGAGACAACAUCGGGCACCGAGCUGACUCGGGAACAGGUCGCCAGGUGGAAGAAACUAUUGACAGAGACUCACUCACUACGUGCCGCUAGGCAAGUGGUCCUGGCCUUCAGAAGUGCAGCACAUCUCGACGCCGAUCAAGACGGGAGGCAACCACGGUACAGCAUCACUAGCCCCGAGGUCUUCCACGACGUCAUGGUGCUGGCGCUCAAGCAAAUACCCGAGGUUUUGCAGCACCACGUACCGGUCAAGGAGUCGGCGGCUCACAAGACAUACGUCCAGACCGAGGGCAAGAAGUUCAAGACCUUGUCCAUCCUGGUCAAGAACUACACAGCCUCUAUUCUACACGUGUUGCGCACACUCUCUGAUGAUGGCACUCUCAAGAUGACCAUAUCCGCCCUCACGCCGCUGCUGCCAUACCUCCUCUCAUUCCGCAAGCUCCUCAAGUCCCUCAUCAAGACUGUUGUCAACUUUUGGGCACAGAACGGUAGCAGCGAGUCGACAAGGAUCACAGCUUUCUUGGUACUCAGGAGGUUGGUCGUCAUUGGUGACAAGGGUGUACGUGAAGCUCUUCUCAAGGCCGUCUACCACGGCCUCGUCCAGGGCAGCAGGGCCACCAAUCACAACACGAUCCAGGCCAUCAACCUGAUGAAGAAUUCGGCCGCUGGUUUGUGGGGGGUUGACCAGUCAAUAGGCUACACCACAGCUUUUAGCUUUAUCAGGCAACUGGCUAUCCACCUGCGCAACAGCAUAGUUCACAACCAGAACGAUGCCUACCGUGCCGUUUACAACUGGCAAUACGUCCACUCAUUGGACUUUUGGUCAUGCGUCCUUUCGGAGCACUGCAGCUCUCUCGCAGAAGCCGAGGCUGGCCGCGAAAGCCAGCUGAAGCUGCUCGUUUACCCGCUCGUGCAGGUCACUCUGGGCGCCAUGCGCCUAAUCCCCACCGCGACUUACUUCCCCCUUCGCUUCCUCUUGAUACGCUCGCUCCUCCGACUCAGCCGUGCCACGGGAACCUAUAUCCCACUAGCAUCGCCACUCCUCGAGGUCCUCCAGUCCGCCGAGAUGAGGAAACCUCCCAAGGCCUCGACGUUGACGCAGCUGGACUUUGCAGUCAACUACAAGGCUCCCAAGUCCCACCUGCGCACUCGAGUGUACCAGGAUGGCGUAGGCGAUCAGGUCGUUGAGCUCCUGGCGGAAUACUUCACGCUCUGGUCGACCAAUAUUGCGUUCCCAGAGUUUGCCUUGCCUGUGCUCGUGAACCUGAAGCGGUGGGUCAAGGACUCGCGCAAGAAGGGUUCCGGUAAUAACAACAACAAGGUCGUGUCGGCAGUCGUGCUACUGGUACAAAAGCUCGAGGCCAACGCCAAGUUUAUUGAGGAGAGGCGAUCCAAGGUCGACUUUGCGCCUCGGGACAGGUCGCAGGUGGCGGCCUUCCUCAAGGACUUUGACUGGGAGAAGACGCCGGUCGGCGCCUUUGUCGUGUCGCAGCGCAAGAUCCGGGCCGAGAGGGCGAGGCAGCUAGAAGAGGCCAGACGGGAGGAGGACAAGAAGCGCAAGGAAGAGGAGGAAGAUGCCAAGAACGCCGAGCUGGACGACCAGGAAGAUGAUGACCAAGACGAGGAUGGGGAAGACGAUAUGGAGGACGAUGAGGAUUCCGACGAGGAAGUGGAUGACGACGAUGACGAAGAUGAGCAUCUUGUUGAUGACGAAGAAGAUCAAUAG